CGAACGAUGAGAAGCUAAGCCAAGCCAGCAGUGUGGCAUCACUUUGCUCUGCAUCUUGCCCCACAGUGUGUCUCAACCUCUCUCGCAGGAAAGAUCGCUACCAAACCCACGCCGCAUCGUGUACCACUUUACAGUACCAUCAUCCUCUUCUUCAGUGUGCAGUUAUUCGUUAUUUGACAGUGGUUUCCAAAAAAUUGUUGGAAGUUUCUUUACUUGAAUAUUUUUCUUAAUGUGCGUGGAAACGUGGGAGCAAAAACUGGGUGAAAAUUUCCACAUGCCAGAAUUCUUGGUGGAUUGAGAGAAAUCUACAUAUUUGGACAGAAAUACAUCUACCUACACAUACACCAGCUGAAAUAUGCAUACGGGAGGAUUACUCUUACUCCAGCCGCGUGCCGAUAACCACCUCCGCCGCCAAGUCAUGCUAGUUCACGGUCAAGACUCCCUCGACCUCAAAGGCCCCCCACACUCCUCCUCCCUCGUCAUGAACCACCCCAACGCCUCCCUCGUCUCACAACUAUUCCCCUCCCAGUCACACCCACCCCCACCCCACACACCCGGCUUCCCCCUCCCCCCACAGGUCGCCUACGACCUCAGCAACGGUCCCUGCACCCCCGGCGGAGGGAACUCAGCCUCCUCCGCCUCCUCAGCCGCCGCCAUGAAGCGCAAGGACCUCUUCACCCAGCGCAAACAGCGCGAAUUCAUCCCCGACAACAAGAAGGACGAUUCCUACUGGGACCGCCGUCGUCGCAAUAACGAGGCCGCAAAGAGGUCCCGAGAAAAGCGCCGCUUCAACGACAUGGUCCUCGAACAACGCGUGCUCGAAUUGACGAAGGAGAACCACGUGCUCAAAGCACAACUGCACGCGAUCAAGGACAAGUUCGGCAUCAGCGGGGACAAUCUCAUCAUUCUGGAACAAGUCUUGGCCACCCUGCCGAGCAAUGAGCAGCUCCUCUCCUUCUCCAAGAGGACCAAGGUCUACCCACCGAAUUAUCACGGCAAGCGGGACGGUGGAGGGGGUCACCAUCAUCACGGCGGCUCACCGUCCUCGUCCCGAUCAAACUCGUCGAGGUCGAGGGAGCGGAUGAGUUCGGGGGAAAUGAGCCCGGGAGACGAUUACGAUCGGAGGAUGGAUGACCGUUCUCGCAGCCGAAGCCCGUUCCAACACCCGCGCGACGUGUCGAUGGAGCGGGGCCGGAGGGAGAGGAGCAACUCGAUGGUGAACCAUCACCACCAUCCCAUCCUCGAUAUUGACAACAAGUCUCAGUACAUCAGCCCUGGGGGGAAUAAUAACGGAUAUAAUGGGGGAGGAGGAGGAGGCGGAGGGGGGAGUGGGGGACAGGGUCAGCUUUCUUCGUCAGGCAGCCAUCGGAGCUCACUUUCACCGUCGGAGAACAUUCUAAAUCUCAGUAUCUCGUCGAGCCAUGAGGAAAAUAUGGAUCAGGAGGAGGAUCAUUCGGAUGUCGAGAUCGACUCACCACCCACAAUUGCGAACGUAAUGAGCAAAGUCUCCGCCGCCGUCGCUGCGAAUAAUAACAACAACUCCUCGACCAACUCCGGCCUCCCACACAAACUCCGCCACAAGAUUAACCUUGGCGAAAAAGAGCAGCAAAUCAUAAUCCCCCCGUACGGCUACGUCGUCGGGGUGCAUCCCCUCAAACCACAGGAAUUGCAAGUGUCCCCCUGCACCGCGUGGGAUCACGACGACUCGACAAAUUCUGGUUCUGGAUCAUCCGACGAGCGCGACUCAGGGAUUUCAAUCAACGGCGAAAUCACGGAUAAAUUCGGUCGCCAACACUUAGCCCCGAUCAAGAAGGAGCGCCCGAGCGCGCCCUCGUCGCAAGGCGGAGCCGGCGAACCGCUCGGCGAUUCGCAAGGGGGUACCGGACCCCAGCGAAAACGCGUGAAAAAGCGCUUCGUCGAAGAUUCCGUCCUUGAGACGGAGAAUGUUCAACUGAAAUCGGAACUGGCCCGUUUGGCGACUGAGGUUGCCUGUCUGAAAAGCUUUCUCGUCAAGAAAACACCGACCGGGACGAGUUCCGGGGAUGCCACGCAUGACGAAAAUUCGUGCGAUUCGUCAUAAAUAAAUAAAUUCAUGUACAAUUUUUUGUACCGUUUUUUCCUCCACUUUUUUUGGACCCCUCAAAAUAAAAUUCCAUCUCAUAUUUACAUAAGUAGAAAAUCCUUAUUAUUUAUCAUUUUUCAUGUAACAAUUAAAAUUAAUGGAGCUUUAAACGUAGACACCACGCACGUCACGUGGGAGGAAAAAUUACCUGUGUAAAAAUUACCUCUUAAAAUUGUAUGUACAUAGCUAAAAAAAGUGUCAGCUUUUUUCAUCUAAGAGAAACUACAUGAAUUACCUGUAAACUUGUACCUCUGAAUUCUGCCCGGUAUUUUUUGGGGGUGAAAAAAAAAUGUGUAAAAUUUCACAAAAUCUGCUGGGCUGAAUUUAAAAAUUUAUUUAUUACGUAAAAAAAAUCGUGUCGUUUUCGCAACUUGUAUUCAUAAUUAAAUAAUUAAUUAAUUCCACUCUGUGUACCUGUCGAGAAGAAAAAUAUUAUUAUGUAAAUUAUUAUAUGAACUGAUAUGUAGUAAAAGAAACAAGUGAUCAUCUCAAGAAAUAGUGCUAAUUUGUAGGAAAAUGGCUGCAUGAUAAGCUAAAUAAAUCUUAUCUUAUCUCUAAAAUUAUGAUAAAUAUUUAGAAAGGAACCCAAAAUUUUGGGAAAUGUCGUCGUAAUCCGACAGAGAGGAAAGCCCGGAAGCCAGCAAAUCGUAGUUUAUAGCAGAAAUUCAUCACUAUUUAAUAAAUUAGGGUAUUUAUGACUAGAAAAAUCGUGUACCUCAAGAAAACUGUAGGAAAUUCUAAUGCGUGCUAUUAUCUAUUUGAUUGUGAUUGACCGUGGUCACGUGAGAAUCAUUAUUUGUACCAAAAAAAUCAAUCAGUGUGAUAUUUGUGAUGAGAUGGCGAGGAAAAAAUGAGCCCGAUAAAUGAAAAUGUUGCACGCAAUUUUAUUAAUUUCUGAAAAACAAUCAAUCUUUUUAGUGCUAAAUAAAUAUUCGCAAAAAAAUUGCGAAUUUUGAAAGAAUUUAAGUGAGAACGAGGGGUUCGCUAUAAAUACAUAAGUAAUAAUUAGAAAAUAUCAACAUUACAACAUUCUCAAUAGUUUAGAAUUUAUGAAAAAAUUCUUGAUUUUUUCUCUCCGUCAAAUUAUUCACGACUAAUUAAUUAAGUCGUCACUUACUGUUCUACUAUCUUAAACUUGACCUUCUUGACCUCUAAUUAAACUGUGAAAUCAUUCCUCUUAUUUAAUUUUUUGUAUUCAGCUACCCUUCAAAAUUCCAAAUACGAGUACAUACUUCUUAACAGGGUCAUUAUUCAUUAUUCCACAAUUCCUUAGUUUUUCGCUCUACAUAAAUAUUCGCACUUCCCAUUUUUGCACAUUUUUAUUUACUUACUUACUUGAUUUGUAUGUAAUACGGAUAUAUUUUUAUAUUAUGAAAACCACCACCACCAACCAAUUAAUUAAUUGCGACGGCUGUAUUUUAAAAUAAUAAUGUAAUAAUUUUAUGAAAAAUAUUUAUAAAAUUGUUGGCAGCAGGAAAAGAUUGUUAUUUUGUUUCUAGAAAUAUUUUACUUUACUUUUUUUGUAUUACCAUUUCAUUUACGAAGUUAAAAUAUAGUAAAUUUCAAAGAAAUGGACUGAUUGAGACAAAAAUGUGUGUGCGGAUAUCAAUUGAAAAAUUCACUCUCAAAUUUUAAACGUAAAAAAAAGUAUUACUAAAUAAAUCUAAAACAGCAAAUGAAUUUAUGAAUUCCUGCUCAAGAUAUUAAAAUUCCAGCAAAAUUGUAAAAAAAAUCAUUACUUGUUUUCGGACCAAGUGAAAAUCGAACUGACCGUAAAAAAAUCAAUCAAUCAAUCAAAAUUUCGAGUUUGUUUUUUAAAUUGGAUCAAAUUUUAAAGAAAAAUCUUUAAGUAUUACGCAAAAAUUAAGAGAAAGUUUAGAUCUGUAGGUUUAAAUAAAGUCGUGUACAAUUUGCAUACACAUAUUUACCUGGUAGCCAAGUAAGUAGCUCAUCGUUGUACCCCUGUCCAAAUUAAGUUAGUGGACAAAAUUUAAUUAAUUACCUUACAUUUACAUAAAUAAAUAAAUACAUAAGUAAAUACGUCAUUAUUAUUAUUAUUGAAAUAUGAUGAAUUUUUGCAUGUAACUUAUCUCUGUACCAUAUUUAUUUUAACUGUUAUACAAAUAAGAAUAAUUAUGUCAUGUUGAUUAAUUAGUGAGGAUGAUGAUGAAGUGUUAUUUAUUUUGAAAUAAAUUAUAAAGCAAUUGUUCAACGGUA